UUAGUGUUUGUAUGUGGUGUGUAUUCGUAGUAUCCUUGGUUUAGGCGUCGAUAAGAAAUCAGAUCGAUAUCAUGUCGAAUGAAAGAAGAGUCGUGUAGAAAUCAGCGAUCGAUGUGAUAUCUCUAAGACUUCAUCAUGAUGAAGUCUGGAAGAUAUUGUGUAGAUGUCGACGACCUAGCUGUUAUCCAGCUUACAGCAUACUCAGAUAUAUUAGGCGUGUAAAUUAAUUCGGUGCCUUUUUUAUGAAAUUCAAACUUUAUUUACCAAUUAAGCAUUAUAAUAUUAAUCAAAAUAAUCGUCUUCGUUUUGUACAACUUGGAUCCACUUUUGGGGCAACUGGGACGGGUUCUGUCGCGGAAAAAUGUGACGAUUUAGACUCGAUAAAUUCAUCGAUGCAUUUUUUCACGUCUUCGACAUUGUUAAAGCGCGUAUCACAUCGAUAGUGCUGGAGAGACCGAAACAUGUGAAAAUCGGAACCAAGUUCUGGUGAAUACGUCGAAAUUUCUGGAACCACUUUAUGCACGUUUUGUAUCUUACAGCAUCUUCAUCUAAUCAAUUCAGUUGCCUCACUAGCAUUUUUCUUCAACUGAAAUGCAAAGAGAAUGCAGGGAUUGAUAUGCGUUUUAUCAGCAGCCAUUGUGAGCACUAUUAACUUUAAAAUUUAUAUUAACUAUGCAGCUAAGUUUCAUGAUGUUUCAUAAACAUAAAUGAUUACAUUUAAUAGAAAAAGCGGUCUUAAUGAGCACUUUGCGCUGUACCGCCAGCAACUUUGCUAAAGACUUUGUUAAACUGCUUUUCCUGCUGAAUGUAACCAUUGACGCCUCUUGAAAACUAUAACGGAAAAAUAUUUAAAGUAUAAUUUAAAAAAGAACAAGUAAAUGUUAAUGUAAAAGGCACUGAAUUAAUUUACAUACCUAAUAUCAGAUAUUAAUUUAACUUGAACAUAAUAUCAAUCAGAUAUAGACUACAUUAUCAAACAAUCAGCUGACAUCGAUCUUUUAAGUAUCAUAUAGAUAAAUAAAUGUCGAUUAUACAUCAACAUGAAAUGGAUAAAAUGUGAGGCGGGUGUCGUCUAUGGAUCUUUCUUCAUACAUCAAUAAAUAAUAAGACAUCGUCAAAUCAAACGGUUCGAGAAAUCAUCAUUAAUAUCGACUUCGAUCACCAACUCCUGAACCAGGGAUGUGAAUAGAUAUUACAGCGAGCGCAGUCUCACUGAAAAUUCUGUGUAACUGUGUUGCAAUUAUUAUGGCGAUUACGAUCAAUGGUAACGCAAUAAUAAAUGGCCUCACCGCGAAUAGUGCCCACAUUGAAGCGCCUGUCUCUCCGACCAUUCGACAAUAUACUGGACACCAGUCCAAAAACUCCGAGAAACGUUCGCGCAAGAAAGCUAGAGAAUGAGAAGUUGUCGCCCUUCAAUAUCGACACUCCCAAUAGAAUGAAAAUACUAAGGGAAGGUCUGCCGAAGAAACAAUAUCACGUGUUGGGAACGGGUGCUUUCGGUACUGUUUACAAGGCGUCUUACAAAGGGGAUCAAGUGGCGGCCAAAGUGAUUCAACGCAGGUCGAAUGACGACGACGACGACGAAGUGAUCAAUUCGGAGAAACAUGCGGCGAUCCUGCGACACGCCAACAUCGUAAAAAUAUUGAAUGUAGAACGAGGCAGCAGUUUGUCGCUGAUAACGAUGGAAUUGUGCGGCACAUCGUUGCAGGACAAAUUACAGAACACGGUCCUCGCGAGAGAGGAACGCGUCUCUAUCUGGCGGGACAUCGCUCAUGCGCUUCAAUUCUGCCAUAAUUCCGGUGUGAUCCAUGCGGACGUCAAGCCGACCAAUAUCCUGAUGGCCGUCGACGGUCGACCUAAACUCACCGACUUUGGUAGCUCUCUCCUGAUCGAUGAACCGCACAUUUCUGUCAAGCCGCGAGGUACACCAGGUUAUGCAGCACCAGAGGUGCUCAGAGGAAGUACACCUACAUUUGCUGCCGACAUUUACUCACUAGGAAUCGUAGCAUGGCAAAUGCUGUCCCAGCAAGUACCCUUCCAUGGAUUACAUAUCCAUACCAUUAUAUACAUCUCUGCAAAAGGAACACGUCCCAAUGAUGAAGCUCUAGAUGAUGAAUUGGGUGGAGACUACAGAGAGCUGUACAGGGCAACAUGGUCACAGAAUGUUGCAGAAAGGCCUACGCUUAGUGAAAUAAUCAACAGACUCAAUGAUCUCUUGGUUGAUUGUUAAUAUUUAUUUUACUGAAAUUAUAU